GUGCAGCCUCACACCACCCUCUUCUUUUUCCUGUACGCUUCUUGUCUCUGAGGGUUUGGAGGGAAAAAAAAAGAAAAAUGGAGCUCGAUGAGCAUGGCUUCCUGGAAGAGCUUCUGGCUCUCAGGAGGGAUACAUGGGACACUCUUCCCACUGGAAUGAGUGAGUUCUUCUCCAGUGAAGGCAGCUUGGACUGCUUCCAAGAGGGCCAAGGCUUGGUACCUCCCAGCUUCUCAGCGUUUGGAGGCCUCGCCCCGCCGGCGGAGCCGAAUUUUGAUUGUUUGAGUGAAGUCUACUGCCCGUUUGGUGCUGGGUUUGCCCCGGCAGCACCGGAGAUCCAGUCGCUGUCGGUCCGGCCGGCGUUGGAGGAUGCCAAGGUUGGUUUGGUCCAUGGUGAUCGGCAUGGUGUGGUGGGAGAUGGGCAGGCAGUUUGCAAGGUGGAGAUGGGGCCGUCGGCGGAGGCGCCGGCGGUGUUUGGGAUGGGUGGCUGCAUGGAGAGGAAGAAGAAGAAGAGAGCUGAGGGUCUGCCGUCGAAGAAUCUGAUGGCCGAACGGAGGCGGAGGAAGCGGCUCAACGAUCGCCUGUCGAUGCUCCGGUCUGUUGUUCCAAAGAUCAGCAAGAUGGAUAGGACUUCAAUUCUUGGUGACACCAUAGAUUACAUGAAAGAGCUGCUGGAAAGGAUCAAACGACUGCAGGAAGAGAUAGAAGUGGGGCCGGAUCAGCCGAAUCUAUUGGGCAUCUUCAAGGAGUUGAAUCCCAAUGAGAUAUUGGUGAGGAACUCUCCAAAGUUUGAUGUCGAAAGGAGAGACUCCGACACCCGAAUAGAGAUUUGCUGUACAGCGAAGCCAGGUUUGCUGCUGUCGACCGUGAACACUCUAGAGGCUCUGGGACUGGAGAUCCAGCAGUGUGUUGUUAGCUGCUUCAAUGACUUUGGAAUGCAAGCUUCUUGCUCUGAGGAUGUGGAGCAGAGGGCUGUGAUAAGCUCUGAUGAGAUAAAGCAGGCAUUGUUCAGGAAUGCAGGAUAUGGAGGAAGGUGUUUGUAGAAGAGAGAUUCAAGGGGGAGCAGGUUUCAGGGCUUUUGCGCAUCUCUGUCUCAGUGAGAAGCUUGGAGGUGAAUAACAGAUUUGGUUGCUGGCAGCUUCCCCAGCCUAUAUGACUUGUAGUACCUGGUUAUUAUUGCUUACUACUAGUUCAGAGGUGACCAUCAAUGUGAGGGUGUUUCUCUCCUUCACAUACUGCAAGAAAAAAAAAAAAAGGAAAAUCUGAUUGAGAUGUUUUUGUAAUGUGGGGUUGUGUGUUCAUAAUUUUUGUGAAAAAAAUGAGCAUAACUGACCAGAAUAUGUUCUCC